UUAAAAAAUGAAAAAUUAAAACCCUGAAACAACUAUAUCAGCUUUGCCACUGUAUCACACUAGUUGGAUUCGCACCGAAAAACUCAGCCGGAAUAAUCGGAGUUGCUCAUCGGCCGUCAGAAACAGUGAUAAUUCCGUCCAGGUAAUAUAGAAGAUUUCCACUUUGGAAGAUGGCUGCAACUUUUGCUUCCAGAUGUUCUCGUGUGGGCCGUUCACUGUUUGGUGGAUUAAGCAACAGUUCCCCUGGUCUAUUUACCAAGUCCCAUGAGAUGACAUGCGGCAAUUAUUUUUCCCAGCAACAACGGACCUUCAUACAGAUGAGGACUGUUCUCAAGGUUGUUGACAAUUCUGGCGCCAAACAGGUGAUGUGCAUACAAGCCUUGAAAGGGAAGAAAGGAGCAAGAUUAGGUGAUACGAUAGUAGCAUCGGUGAAGGAAGCACAUCCUAAUGGAAAAGUGAAGAAGGGAAAGGUUGUAUACGCUGUAGUUGUUCGCGCAGCAAUGCAAAAGGGGAGAUGUGACGGCAGCCAGGUCAGGUUUGAUGACAAUGCUGUGGUGCUUGUUGACAAGCAAGGACAACCUAUAGGGACUCGAGUGUUUGGACCAGUUCCUCAUGAGUUGAGGAAGAAGAAGCAUGUCAAGAUCCUUACUUUAGCAGGGCAUAUUGCAUAAAUGGGAAAAAAGAGCUAUCCUCAAAUUUUAUUUUGGAAUCUAAUAACACAUCUACCAUUUCAUACGAUUUGAAUCUUUUGGUCUGAAGUGGUAAGUAAGGUUAGGAUUUAAUCUAUCGUUUUAUGAAGAGACAAACACAAGGCGUCAGCAAUUAUCCAAGUUAGAUAUUGGUUAUGGAUCAAAGCUAGAUGUGAAAAUUUGUUAACGAGUAAAAUAAUUGAUUGGUGGUUCAACCUAGUUUCUUGCAUGUCUUUUUUUUUUUGGGAGUUAAUUUCUUGCUUAUCUUAUUAUUGUAUUUCAUUCUUUUUUAUUACCACUUUUUUUUUAUCAUUUUUUAGAAGUACUGAUAUUUUGACACCAAAUUUCACCUAGUUUCUUGCA